AGUGAAGGAAGGAAAAAAAAAAAAAAAGAUAAUAAGAAAAACUAAAAAUCGGUUCUUUUUCCAGAGAGGUCUUAAUAGGAGAGAGGAGAGAGAGAGAGAAAGGAGGAAUCGCUUUGUAUAUAAGCUAAAGAAAAGCCAAAACAUUCUAGAGGGUAGCGAGAGGAAGAGGAAGAGGAAGAGGAGAGCCUUCUCUUGUUAUCCCGCGGCAAAUAAAGGCAACAACGACGGCGGAAACGGAGGAGCUUUUAUUGCCAAUGGCGGAGUCAAACGACUCCGUUUCCGUCGACCUUGGAACGAUCUAUCUUGGUGGCAAGGAGCAUCGUGUUAAAACUGCUUGUGGUGUUGUGUCUGUCAUUGUCUAUGGAGAUCGAGAAAAGCCAGCAUUGAUUACUUAUCCUGAUCUGGCCCUUAACCAUAUGUCAUGCUUCCAAGGAUUAUUCUUCUGCCCUGAAGCAGCUUCCUUGCUACUUCAUAACUUCUGCAUUUAUCAUAUCAGUCCACCCGGUCAUGAGUUAGGAGCUGCUCCGAUUUAUCCUACUGAUUCAGUCCCUUCUGCUGAUGAUUUGGCGGAUCAGAUCCUUGAAGUGCUCAACUUUUUCGGCCUUGGUGCUGUGAUGUGUAUGGGAGUGACUGCAGGUGCUUACAUCCUCACGUUAUUUGCGAUGAAACAUAGAGAAAGAGUUCUCGGUUUGAUUCUUAUCUCACCGCUAUGCAAGGCGCCGUCUUGGUCUGAAUGGUUUUACAACAGAGUUGUCUCAAACUUGUUGUAUUUCUACGGAAUGUGUGGAGUGGUAAAAGAGUUUUUGCUUCAGAGAUAUUUCAGUAAGGAAGUCCGUGGUAACAUAGAGAUUCCAGAGUCAGAUAUAGCACAAGCUUGCAGAAGACUGCUUGAUGAGAGGAAAAGUGUAAACAUCAUGCGGUUUCUUGAUGCCAUUGAUCGGAGACCUGACAUCUCAAGUGGAUUGAAGAAACUAAAAUGCAGGACGCUUAUCUUUAUCGGAGAUCAAUCUCCCUUCUAUGCAGAAGCUGUACACAUGGCAGCAAAUUUGGAUAGAGGAUACUGUGCUUUGGUUGAGGUUCAGGCUUGUGGUUCGAUGGUAACCGAGGAGCAACCACAUGCAAUGUUGGUUCCAAUGGAAUAUUUCUUGAUGGGUUAUGGACUAUACAGACCAUCUUAUUUCACAGAGAGCCCUAGAAGUCCUCUUAGCCCUUGUUGCGUUUCACCUGAGCUUCUCUCUCCUGAAAGCAUGGGAUUAAAGCUUAAGCCUAUCAAAACCCGAGUUUCUACUUGCUGACGUUAAAAUCUUAUUAGGGCUGUUGUAGAUAUAGAACAACCAGUAGGGGAGAUCUGAGGAGAAGACGAAGAAGGGAACAUUCAAGCCAUCCUUAUAACACAAUUCUUUUGUAGCCAGCCAUGAUAAAAGACAACAGUUCUUUCGUUGAGAAGCCACACAUGUUGUUUUAUUAUUUCAUUUUUUUUAAUGCAUAUAUGUAAAAUGUUCUGUUGUUGUGACAUUGUAACAAUUGUUUUGUGAUGGGACACUGCAGAUUCUGUAAUCUAUUUCAAUAAUAAAUUCAUGUUGGAUAUGAA